AUGGAAGAGGAGUGGGACUUGUACAAUGUUGCCCUGUAAGAAGAGAAGGACUAUGGUGACAGAGUCCCCACAGCACCAGGGCAACCGGGAGGAAGAGGACCUAGACCUGGAGUCAGCCGUUAAAUCGUCGUCCGACCAGGUGAAAGACUUGGGGUCAGCGUCACUCUCUGGGGGUCCGAGUCAUGGCAGAGCAGCUGGCCUCCAAAUAGAGUCCGUGCAGGAUGCUGGAAAUCAGCUUGGUGUGGAGGAUCCGUCUUUGAGUUCUAGGGUGCUCGCCCAGGACACAAAUGCACCAGUUUUAGAAGCUGCUGAUGUGGCCAUCUCUCAGGGAAUCACCCUACCUUCCUUGGAGUCUUCCCAGCCCCUUAAUGUACACAUUGGUAAAGGAAAAGUCCAGGCCACUGGCUCAAGGAGAGGGAAGAAGAUGACACUCAGGCCUGGGCUUGUUCCCCAAGAAGACAGAGGUGAUCAUCCUAUUACAAAGGAGCCUUUUUCAGGAGAGCCUAGUGAAGAAGUCAAGGAAGAAGGAGGAAAACCUCAGUUGCACUCUGGAGGGGCGAUACCUUCGCUGCCGUUAGGCAGCCACUCUGCAAAACCAGGAGCCCAGCCUGGGAAGUCCCCUCAGCCAGGUAUCUGUGCCUGUCCUCAGGAAAAGCCAUUCGGGACUCUGGCUCCGCAAGCUGAGGAUGAGACAGAGGACGGUGGACUCUUCAUUCCGAUGGAAGAACAAGGCGGUGAAGAAAGUGAGAAAAGGCGAAAAAAGAGAAAGGGCACCAAGAGGAAGCGGGACGGACGCGGUCCAGAGGGAGGGGCAUGGGCUUGCGACCUGAAGCUGGACGACGCGCUGGACCGCACGCUGGAGGACGGCGCCAAGCAGCACAACCUGACUGCCGUCAACGUGCGCAACAUCCUCCACGAAGUAAUCACAAAUGAGCAUGUGGUCGCUAUGAUGAAAGCAGCCAUCAGUGAGACGGAAGAUAUGCCGAUGUUUGAGCCCAAAAUGACACGCUCUAAACUGAAGGAAGUGGUGGAAAAAGGAGUGGUAAUUCCAACAUGGAAUAUUUCACCGAUUAAGAAGGCCAAUGAAAUUAAGCCCCCCCAGUUUGUGGAUAUCCACCUGGAAGACGAUGACUCCUCAGAUGAGGAGUACCAGCCAGACGACGAAGAGGAAGACGAGACGGCUGAAGAGAGUUUGUUGGAAAGUGAUGUUGAGAGCACCGCUUCGUCUCCACGGGGGGCGAAGAAGUCCAGGUUGAGGCAGUCUUCGGAGAUGACCGAGACCGAUGAGGAGGGCGGCCUGCUGUCAGAGGCUGAGAAAGUCACCACACCUGCCGUCAGGCACAUCAGCGCUGAGGUAGUGCCCAUGGGGCCCCCGCCCCCCCCAAAGCCCAAGCAGACCAGGGACAGUACUUUCAUGGAGAAGUUGCAUGCAGUAGAUGAGGAGCUGGCUUCCAGUCCCGUCUGCAUGGACUCUUUCCAGCCCAUGGAUGACAGCCUCAUUGCCUUCCGCACCCGCUCCAAGAUGCCCCUGAAGGACAUCCCCCUGGGGCAGCUAGAGGCGGCGCUCCGGGCUCCGGACAUCACCCCAGACAUGUAUGACCCCAAUACGGCGGACGACGAGGACUGGAAGGUGUGGCUGGGGGGGCUCAUGAACGAUGAUGUGGGAAACGAGGGUAAGUGGGGUCCUUGGCAUUUUCUACCUACUCUGUCCGUUACCUCGGUGCUAAAAUUUUCAUUGGUUAGAAGCUUAAAGGAAGGGGGUGUUUUUGGUUAACUGAAAUUAAUUGUAUGUCACUCAGAAUUUACUGUCAGUCAG